AUGUGGAACAUUACAGAGAAGGAGCCCUAUCAAGUCACGCGAGCUGAUAUCAAACUCUAUCAUGCAUCUGACCUCCCGAGGCUGGGCCGCUUUAGUGAAGCUCUGACUCGUCUCAACAACCAGCUUGACUCGUACACGACAAGUAAUGACUUCCCAUUUGGUAUCUGGUUUUUGCUCCAAGCUCUUGUCUAUAACUGUUAUCUUCAUCCAACAACGGUGCAGGCCCUGGCUAGAGAACUUCUCGGCCGUUCCAACAUCUCGAUUGACGCCUUCAGGAAGUUUUUCGACUGGAUCGACUACCCGGCACCUGAGAGCAAUCCAAAGCAGUCGAAGUAG